AUGCGAAAACUUCUUGACAUCGACAGAGAGAUCCUCUCUUUCUUGAAGAUAAGCAAGAACAUUGCCCAGAUUCAUCAAGCACAUGCCGAGGUUGUUAAAAAAGGAGUGAAGCAGGAUCCCGUUGUUGCCUUUGAGCUAAUCUGGGCUUGUUCCAGCACAGACUCCAUCGACUAUGCCGGCAAGGUCUUUGCGAAGUUGGAAGCUCCGAACGUGUUUCAUUUCACCGCUCUGAUCGACGGGCACAUCUUGUUGGGAUUGGUUGCAGAAGCUAUUCACUUGUACUAUGAGAUGGUUGGUGAAUUGGUACAUCCUGAUAGCUAUGUGACUGCUUCCGUCCUGAAAGCCUGCGGGCUCGGAUUGGCAUUGAGGGAAGGGAGGGAGGUCCAUGGGCAAGUUGUGAAACUCGGGCUUAGCCGGAACCGUGUCGUCGGGAUUAAUCUCAUGGAGGUCUAUGGGAAGUGUGGGGUGUUUCAGGACGCGUGGAAGGUGUUUGAUGAUAUGCCCGAACAAGAUGCUAUGUUAAGAACGGCCAUGAUGUCAUGUUACUUUGAUCAUGGGCGAGUUGCGGAGGCGUGUGCUCUCUUCAGCGGGGUUGGGAAGAAGGACAUGCUUUGUUGGACGGCUAUGAUUGAUGGGCUAGUCCGGAAUGGGGAGAUGUGCAGGGCAUUGGAGGUGUUCUGUGAGAUGCAGAGGGAGAACAUGAACCCGAACGAAGUGACAAUAGUUUGCGUACUGUCUGCUUGUUCUCUGCAGGGAGCAAUGGAGAUCGGGAGAUGGGUACAUUCCUACUUGGGGAAGUUUGGGAUUGAUCUCAAUCGGUUCGAAGGUGGUGCUCUGAUAAACAUGUACUCAAGAUGAGGAGAUAUUGGUGAAGCAAGAUGGGUUUUCUGUCAGUUGAGAGACAGAGAUGUGACUACUUAUAAUGCCAUGAUCUCAGGGCUUGCUUGGCAUGGGAAGAGUGUGGAAGCGAUCGAAACCUUCGGGCUGAUGAAAACACAUGGGCUUCAACCGAAUGGGGUAACUUUUGUCAGUCUAUUGAAUGCUUGUAGUCAUGGAGGUG